UUGAACUCUAAAAGUCUAAAUCAUGUUCCGUUCUUUACUAUGUUCUUCUAUCGCUCGACCUUCCUUGGCAACCUCAGUUUCACUCUUUUUCUCCAGAUUAAAAUUUGAAUCACCUCGCAAUUGUAUAGAUAUGGCUGUUGGAAUUAUUAAUUCUGACUACAGGAAACAAGCCAAGCUUCGUUUGUCCAAUGUAUCUGGUUUUAUGGCAGAGAUUAUUGAAAUUCAAGCUUUAAGUCCUACAUUGCAUGUCUUGGUCAUCACUGGAAAUCCAGGUAUUGUUACAUUUUAUAUAGAUUUUGUGGAAUCAUUGUAUGAGCAACUUGAUGGGAGUGCAUCAAUUACAGCUAUUGGACACAUAUCCCACACAAAUAAGGACUGGGAACGUGGAAAUUUAUUCUCAUUGGAAGAUCAAAUUAAACAUAAGAUGGAUUUUAUUGCUCAAGAGCUCCAAAACAAUAACGCUCCAAUAAUACUGGUUGGGCACUCCAUUGGAUCUCACAUAUCAAUCGAAACAUUCAAGAGAGCAUCACAAAAGGUUAUUUAUUGCAUUGGGCUAUAUCCUUUCUUGGCACUGAAUUCCAAAUCAUCAAAGCAAACUGCAAUUAGGAAGUUAGCAGAGUCUCGUACAUUGUGUUCGUUAGCAAGCUUUAUAGUGGCCAUGCUGGGCAUUAUCCCUCGUUUGUCCAGAUUUCUCGUGAAGAGAACCAUCGGGAAUUCGUGGUCUGCUACGGCAGUAGAUGCUGCUUGUUCCCAUUUGUUGAAGUACCAUACCAUGCAAAACAUAUUGUUCAUGGCAAUGACGGAGUUUCAGAAGUUUACAGAAGAACCAGACUGGGACUUCCUGAGAGAGAAAGCUGGUCAAAUUGCUUUUUUAUUUGGCAUUGAUGAUCACUGGGGUCCUUUAACAUUGUUUGAAGAGAUUUCCAAGCAAGUUCCGGAUGUUACUUUGUCUAUUGAAAAAGAGGGACAUGACCAUGCCUUUUGUUCUACUAAAGCUGGUUCCACUUGGGUUUCCCAGCAUGUUGCUGGGUUGAUUAAGAAACAAUUGUAAACCCUAUAGCAUUGCCAGACAAUGGUUGUAGAUUCCGUAAAACAGUUUAGCUGAUACAAGUCUUUCCUGUAAGUCCUGACUUCUACUCUUGUGUACAUAUUGUCUACAAAGUAAUAAGCUGAAUUUCCGAACUGUCGUAAGUUUCUGAAGGUCUCUUUCAAACAGUAAAUGCGAUUAUAAAUAGUGACAAAACUCGUUGACUAAGCCAACGCAAUCUACUUGUAGUUUCAGCUGAAGUCAAUGCGGGGGUACGGCGUGAUGCUACACUGACAUUUCAUUUUACUCUUGUUUCAAACUCUCUGCUUUCGUUGUUGCAUCAUCUGUUUUCAUCUUUCAGAAGUAUUCUCAGAGCCUUCGAUGCCUACAAUGAGGACUUGUCGUAAUGUUCUUAGAGGAAUACACAUAUAUCUGCUACUGAAGAGUCCUACAUAAUUCAGGUUUGUCCAUUUCUUACUUGAGAAAUCGUACUUCCUUGCUUGGUUGGAUAUAUUCAUGUGUAUUAUUGGCUUGUGAAAUAUAUAAUUAGGUAAGAACUAAUUAUAUAUUAUGUUUUGUACUACCAAAUUGGUAAAUAAGAUUUAUUUGUCCUGCUUUAAAAUGGAUGGUUUGAUUUUACUUCCACAACUGAAA